AUGUCUGCCGUCUUCAGCCUUUCCGAGGAGUCCAAGGAGCGCAUCGGUCGCAUUAUGGAGAUCUCCAGGGUCGCCAUUCACUAUGGCUACAUUCCCUUGAUCCUCUAUCUGGGCUACACCCGCAGCGAGCCCCGACCCUCGCUCAUCCGAUCCUCCAUGGUAUCAUCCAGUCAUGCGGGACUCUCUCCCGCCGGAGUCGAGUCCAUCGCCGGCCUCACGGCCGGCUCGGUAGCUACACUUGUCGUACACCCCCUCGACAUUGUCAAGACAAGGAUGCAGAUCUACCGGACGUCGGGCAGCCAAGGAGCGCCAAUCACGACCAAAGCCAUCAUCCAGGAUAUGGUGCGCAGCCCGCACCCGAUCGCAUCCCUUUACCGCGGCCUGACCCCGAACUUGAUCGGCAACGCUGCGAGCUGGUCCAUCUUCUUCUUCUUCAAGGCGCGCGUGGAGCGCACCAUCGCGGCCUGGAAAGGAGGUGCCAUGGACACGCCGUCCGUCAAGGCUAGACUCAGCCCGGGCGACUACUUUGUCGCGUCCGGGCUCGCGGGCCUGCUCACGCAGGUCAUCACCAACCCCAUCUGGGUCCUCAAGACGCGCAUCCUGUCAUCGGAUCGGUCCGCCGAGGGGGCCUAUCCGGGCAUGCUGUCCGGCGCGCGGCGCCUGCUGCGGAGCGAGGGCAUCGCCGGCUUCUACCGUGGCCUCAGCGUAAGCAUGCUCGGCGUGUCGCACGGCGCGGUCCAGUUCGCCGUAUACGAGCCGGCGAAGCGAAUGUACUUUGGGCAGAAGCGGCGGCGGCAGGGCAGCGGGGAGGGUUCGCCGUCGCCGUCGCAGGACAAGAUGUCCACCGAGUCGACGAUUGUGAUUUCGAGCUUGGCCAAGCUUGUGGCCGGCGCCGUGACGUACCCGCACCAGGUGCUGAGGAGUAGGAUGCAAAACUACGACGCCGAUGAGAGAUUCGGGCGCGGGCUGCGCCAGGUGGUGGGGAAGAUUUGGAGGGAGGACGGCGUGAGAGGCUUCUAUCGAGGUCUCAUGACUGGGGUCGUCAGGGUGCUGCCGGCGACCUGGGUGACGUUUUUGGUUUACGAGAACACCAAAUUCUACUUGUCUCGAUGGGUUGACGUCGAGUAG